AUGGCAGAUGUGGAGGACGGCGAGGAGCCCUGCACCCUGUCCUCGCACUCUGGGAGCGCAGGCUCCAAGUCAGGGGACGACAAAAUGUUCUCACUCAAGAAGUGGAACGCGGUGGCCAUGUGGAGCUGGGACGUGGAGCGCGAUACCUGCGCCAUCUGCAGGGUGCAGCUGAUGGAUGCCUGCCUUAGAUGUCAAGCUGAAAACAAACAAGAGGAUUGCAUUGUGGUCUGGGGAGAAUGUAAUCAUUCUUUCCACAACUGCUGCAUGUCCUUGUGGGUGAAACAGAACAACCGCUGUCUCCUCUGCCAGCAGGAUUGGGUGGUCCAGAGCAUUGGCAAAUGA